UGGAUGACGCUCCGUAUCACGUGUUCAUAGGAAAUACACUCGCUAUAAUUUUUUUGGAGCUCCCUCGUCCUGCGCUGCCGACCAUAGUUGUUUUGCCGUCUUCAUACAGUGCAGCUGAGGGGUGGAUAGGUAAGGUAAUGUAAUGUACCUUACCGUGGUCACUGACGGGUUCACGCCAGUUCACUGGGUUCACUUGAGGAGAGCUCCCACCCCCUGUUCGACUCCUCUUCUUCUCAAAGCGAAACGAUCGGAGCUGAUUCAAUAUAAUUCAUUUAUAUAUUAAUGUCGGAUUCCAUUUUUCCCACCGACCGCUGAGGUUUCUCGGGAGCUGUUAAACUUGUCCAUGUGACGGGAAUCCUAAAGUUGCAGAAGGCAUGAAGCAACACUGUGAUGUCAUAGUGGCUGGUCCAUGACACUAAACUCCAUUCAACCCUCUCCACUAUCCACCUGCCCUCUGUUUUCAUCACACCGGACAACCAAUUACUAACUUCCCAGUUUACACAAGGCUGCACUAUGGCCAGCAAGAGGAAGUCCACUGUGCCCUGUAUGAUACCAUCCAAAUCCAAACAUGUGCGCGAGGAAAUCAUACUAGGCUCGCUACCAGAACUCCUACCAACAAUCCCAGAAGAUAGCAUACUGAGCAUCUCUGGAAAGGAGUCUGCCCACUUCUCUCACAGCUCCUCCAAAUCUGAAACUGGAAGUGAGACGCAGAAGGGAGGUACGUAUAGCUGCGUGACUUGCCAGUUUGAGUCCAGAGAUCUAAACUACUUUUUGGAUCACAUGCACAACUGCCACUUAGACUUCAGGGCCCAGCCCACCUUCUACUGCCUGAACUGUGGGGUGUCCGUCGUCCGCUUUGAGGCUCUUGCGCUGCAUAAUGCCAAAGCCCACCCUAAAAUAAUGGAGGGCUUGGUUACUGCUUCUCUAAGUGUCAACAAGAGAGACGGGGUAACAACUGUGGAGCAAAGCCUUUUCACAGACAGCGGAGAAGACUGUAGAGAAUCUGGGAUCUCCCUCACUAAAACGCCAAUCGCAAAGAUGAUGAAAGGCAAAGGGGAGCACAAAAAGAUUGUGGUUUCUCACACUGUGGAGGUUCGGAAGAUAGACAACGGAAAGGAUGUAGACCCCAGCAUGCUGACUAAUGUGCCUGAACUCCAAAACGGGGCUCUCAGUGUUUCUGGUGCCCCAGCUAUGCCGAGGACCGCUGUCACCCACGUGAUUACAACGACAGUGUCCAACCAAGUCUUUCACCAGCACACUCCCUCUCUUUACUCCCCCACUUCCUCUGACUCCAAUAAAGAUCUUCCAAAGGUGAUGAUUCCUCUCAGCAGCAUCCCCACCUACGAUGCCGCCAUGGAUACCAGCAGCUUUCUCAAGACAUCCUUUGGCAAGUUCCCCUACCCGACCAAAGCUGAGCUCUGCUACCUAACGGUGGUUUCAGAGUUCCCCGAAGAGCAGAUCAAACUAUGGUUUACUGCCCAAAGGCUCAAGCAGGGCAUAAGUUGGUCUCCUGAGGAGAUCGAAGAGGCCAGGAGGAAGAUGUUCAACACUGUGUUCCAAGGUGGAGCACCCCAAAAGCAACCCGCAACACCGCGGCAGGUCAAUCACAUCGUAACCCACCACACAGUCGCUGCCCAUCCAGGCUCAAAAGGACCAAACUUUCAGAUGGCCAAAGUUCCAUACAGCAGUGUAAAAUCAAGGCCUGUUGGAGUCAUAGCCACACAGGCCAGCAUGUCAACCAACCCCCACAUCACAAGGGUCUCAUAUUCUACUCCAGUUGCCCCCCCAAAGUUUCCAUCUAUCGUCAGAACAGCGUUGGUACCAACAAAGAGUACUGACGCCACUGUGGAGCCAGACAAGAGCAAUGGCUUGGACAUGGCUGGAGGCAGCGCUUGUGUCAGUAGCACCAGCAGCAGUCGCAGCAGCAGCUGCAGUAGUAGCAGCAGCAUCAGCAGCUAUUCCAGCAGUAAUGGUGUUGAGACAGUUGUCAGGAAACCGCCGCAAAACAGCAACCCAACCAACAGCAUUGCCACUGGCCCCAUCAGCAAUAACGAUGAGCAUUGUGUUGCUGACACCACCGGGAACCCAAACGUCAAAAGCAGCAGCUUGCCGAUCGGACCGGAAGCUUCAGACAGCAGCACGAGUCAGGUGAUUGUCGACAACACCAGCAAAUCCAACAACACAUGCAACAAUCAUAACAGCGCCGUCGUCGGUGCACAAGAUCCAGGCCGUGCCGAAAAGCCCAACAACCAACGCAGCAACUACAUUCACAACAGCAGUAUUAGCAGUGAACACCUCCCCUGUGAUGACGGUGUCCCGAACCAGAAUCAUCCCAGCAAAUCUCCAACUGACGGCACCAGCACCACAACCAUUACAAAAAGCAGCUCAUUCAUUAUAGAUGAGGGUAAAUGCAACAAAGACUUUCCCAUAAAAGGUAUGUCAAUCUUACAGCAGCUUAUAAAGGAAGAGGACCCGUGUGUCGGGGACAGAGGCUUCUCAGAGUUAAAAGUUGACCCCAUCAAGAUCAACUUCAAGAGGAUGAAGAUGAAUGAACCCGAGACUACAUCUGAGACUGCACAUCAAGAACACAAAUCUGACAUUGAGGUAUCCGCUUGUCAUCCGUCUUUCUCUCCCCCAUGGGGCAACAAGACCCCGCAGCAGCUGCACGUCCUCCGGCAGGUUUUCUCCAACACCCGCUGGCCCAGCAGUCUGCAGUACGAGGAGCUGAGCAUCCAGACAGGCCUUCCCAAAUCAGAGGUGGUGCGCUGGUUCAGUGACAGCCGCUACAGCCACAAGAACGGCCAGCUUAAGUGGUUGGAAACUUAUCAGCAGCCGCCCACAGAGGCAGAAGAUGCGAAGGGCCAUAGGGACGCCGAGGCCGAGUCGGCCAAGGAACCUCCAGCCAACGCAAAGAAACUUGUAGAGCAAGACACGAACAAGCACCAUGAAGGAGAAGCAUGUCGGGUUGUGUGGCAGGAUUCAUACUCUCCACUGCUAGCUCUGAGGGGGGCUGAGGGGGGCGGCGAGCACAACCGAGCCGAGGAGUCGGCGCAGCUGGGAGCCCUGCAGGAUCCCUGGUCAGAGAGCGGAGAGGACCACCAGCCAGGGGCCAAUCAGACACUCAUCCAGCAGCAGACUGAUGCCAGCCAGGCCAGGGAUGGCCUGAGGAUGGAGCUGCUGGAGGUGUGAUGAAGCAGAAGAACGCCAUGUUUAACAGGCUGGCUCGCUGGAAAUGACAAAGGAAAAAAAGUGUGUUCAUAAUGACAGCAGAUGUGAUUGUAGCUGGACCGUUGGACUCUGACUGUAACUGUGAAUACCCACCAUCUCUCCCCUUCCUCCUCCACCACUUCCUCCUCCUCUUCUUCCAUCUGCCAUCACUUCCUGCCAUCGUCAAAGAAAGAACUUAUCACCUUUGAGUCCUGUGAUGUUUAAGCCUUUCAUGCUUCUUUGUGGUCGUGUGGGGAGGGUGCACAAUGAGGUCAGUAUGAGGGAUCAAAGAAAAGAAAGAAGACGCACACUGACUGGAAAACUGACUUGAAUGAGCGAAGAUAAGAUGGGAUAGGGCCAAGAGAUAUUUUUUCUGGGCCAUGGGAGAAAUACAUACAUACACACACACAUAUAUAUAUAUAUGUAUAUAUAUAUCUGUGUGCGUGUGUGUGUGUGUGUGUGUGUAUGAUUGAAACUGCACUAUAUAAGAUGGUUUGUACUGACUGGACAAACAAAAGAUGUGUUAAGGAAAUGUUAUUGUUGGCUUUGUGAUAUUUUUUACUUUUUUAGCAACCAGUACUUCAGCACUGCCUUGAAUUCUACUUUUUCCGUUAUGUUUUUGUUUUGUUUUUUUCAAUUCUAUCUACUCUUCUAUAUUCACUGUAAGUCCAGAUGCAAUCAAACACGUUUUAUUUAGAUCUGUAUUAAUGUUGGUGAUCUUUUCCGCAGUACAGCUACACGCAAGAGACUAUUUACGAUGCACUAAUGAAGACAGCAAUGCUAAAAUCACCCUGCUUCACAGUAAAGGUAUUGACAGCUCCGUCAAGAUCAAUACACUACACUGCCCUGCAAACUGAACAGAGAGAAGCCUGUCACGCUAACGUUGCCUUACUCAGCUCUGUCCAUGUGUUUAUAUGAACUGUCUGUCCAUCACCUUGCUUUCCAGCUACUGUGCUGUCCAGAAGAGAAGAGAAAAAAUAACACGCCAGUGCAUUGAUGGUCACUGUUGGUCUAUAUCUGUGAAAAAAAAAAGAAUCUUGUGCUGCUUUCUGUACACUUGGAGAUGUUUAAGCUGUAAUCGUAUCAAAUAUUGUUACUGGCGAAAUGUUGUUAAAAGCAAAAUUAUCUAAUUUGAUCCCUAGACACUGACAGAGUGAGAUGUUGUGCUAGCUAGAGAGCCAAAUGAGGAGAUCUUUGCUCUCCUAUGAAUUUUCUUUAUGUAAACAUACAGUCACUACAUAAUUCCUACUAAGCUGCAUCUUUGUCAAGCUGCUAAUAGCUAAGAACGGUGCUAUACCAUCCAAAGUGAAACUGGAGCUCGAUCUCCUACCAGCAGUGUAUGCACUUGUGUCGAAUGUUACAAAUUUAUUUUGGUUUGAGAUAAAUGGAAUCUGGACUUACGGUGUUAAUGAUCGCUUAAACUUUUAUGAAAUAGUCUGAUCAUAAAGCACUGUUGUAUCAUCCUUUCUACACUUCUGAAUCUUUACAGAAUAAACUGAAUACUCACCAAGCA